AUGGGUUUUCAGAGUGCAAUAGAGGAAUCGAACGACAUCACCAACGGGAUGGAAAAUGAAAGGAGGAAAAAUGGCCACCAAAAAGGAUAUAAAAACAGUCAUCAAAAGGGUGAUCAAAAGGGAGGUCAAGAAGGCGAUCAAAAAAUGGGUCAAAAAAACGGUCAAAAAAACGAUCAAAAAGGCGGUCAAAAAAACGGUCAAAAAAGGGAUAAAAAAGAUGGCCAAAAAAAUGAUCGCCAGGAUGACCACACGAACGAAGAGAAGGUCGCGCAGGAGAUGAAGGCAACCUCCAGACAGAACCACAGAAUGAAUCCACUGGGGGGAAGCACCAGGAGGAUUCGAAAUGAAAAAUAUUCUACAGAGAAGACAAAGAAACACUACCUAGACAACGUCGACAAGACGCUACAGAAGAGGAACAUCGACUGCGUAAGUUAUGUGUACAAAAAUAUGAACGACGAGACAACCUCCAAAACUGCGGCGAACAGUGUCAAGUUUGGUGGGGGAGAAAGUCGAGUUGAUGUGGUUCGGAAAAUGUUACUCUUCGAAAAACGACCCAAAAAAAAUGUAACCAUUGGAGCCAAUCGUAGUAGCGCAGCCACUGGGGAUGAUUGCCCUUGUUCGAAGGAAGACGAGAACGUCCAGUCGAUUAUAUACUCCACCUUCAUCAACACAAAGUUGAGACAAACUCAAAACCAUGCCACCGAAACGAUUAGUAAGCCCCAAAAGGGAAAACUAGCCAAACAAGCACCAGGAUCAGGAGGGAAAGACAAAAAGGGCAAUUAUACCAGUAGUGGACAAAGAUUCUAUGCUAAACAGAGCCAAGUCAACCCCGAUGGAAUAAAGCAGAGUGUAGAUGCGUACAGACAAAACCUGAUAUCAGUCGUGAAGAAAAUUGUGUGUACAGAUAAGUCCCAACAAAUAACAGAAUCAAAUGAAGAACUAAGAAACCUGCAAAAUGAUGGCACCUUCUUUUAUGAAAAAAUUAUAUCCGACAGAGAGAAAAAAAAAAAAGUGAAUUACACUCAAACGAGUACCCUCUACCAGGAGGAAGAAAUAAAAAGUUUUGCAAAAUAUAUGGCCAAACAAAUUGUGAACGAAGCUACCAUUCAGCUUACCUACGAGGAAAAUGUAAAGGCGAUGGAACAAAAGGAAAAGACUGUGCAGUUGAACCAUCAACAGAAUGUACAGACCUAUUCGCAUCUCACCAAUUUUCAGCGGGACAACUUGGAGGUUAUGGCUGACGGGACCCAACUCUCCAGGUGCCUGCAUAUAUUCAGCAAAAUAAACACCUUCGGUUUAUCCGGAAGUCUUAUAAAUUCCCUUCUAAGGAAAAAUGUCCAAGAGGUGAAGGAGCAGAAUCACGGACAGAACAGUCGAAGUCAAAUUGAAUGGAAUAACCAAGUCACAAAACAUCUGCUCAAAAACACUAUCGCCUUUAUAGCCACGGAAAAGAUCGUGUCUUAUAUCGCGGAAGAACUGAUCGAGGAUUGCAUCUUAAAUUUCUUCCGCAUGGAUAAAAGGGACUCGGACAUAUUAAUUAACAACAUGGAGGAUCAUAACAUUUCUCUCUACGAUCGGAGACGAAUGGAGAGCGGCCAUUUCAAUUUCGUCCUUUCGAAUGACAACCUAAACGUGAACAUCCCCGUGCGGGUGAAGAAGCACAUGAAUCUGGAGGACAUCGUAAUAAUGAUAAAGAAUCACAUAAAAAAAAAACAAACUUUCUUACUUAAAGAAUACAAGUUGGACUUCCUGUGUAUACGAGACGGAACUCGCGACAUCACGAGUAUCCACGAUCUGUUGUCCUCCGAAGCCAACCACUUCACCAUCUGCUUAAACAAAAAGGAAGGAGAGGCCAUACCAACUCCCUAA